CCAAAGGAUGGUUCUCGAUUUAUUUUUUUAUUGCGUGACAGUGAAAACGAUCUAUACUAAGGGAAGUGACAAAAAACUGUUUCAUACAAGCGAGACAUUUAUUUUCUUUCCCUCGGCCAAGAGAAGCGCCUUCGACUGAAAAGCGAACGUGAUACUUUAUCUUGGGGGUAGCAAUAUGUAACGUCCACCAGAACAUCUCUCUAGAACGACUUAGGACUGAUGUCAGCGCUAAAUUGAUGGCACGUCCGUGAGAAAAGAAAACAUGUGCAAUCUGUCCUUGUUUCUAAUCUUUAGCCUUUUUCUUCCUCGCAGAAAAUCGAAUACCAGUGCUGAGCCAGCGAACGUGUUCAAGUCUAUUGUAGUUAACCGGCUACCUAUACACCUCCGAUUAAGGUUUUCUAUUGUAAUUCUUUCUAUUGUACGGCUAUUGUACGGACCACGAUGAGCAAACACUGUAACCUUUUUUACGACAAUAGUCCUAACUUGAUUCCAGUCUUCUCGACCGAGAUGGUUUUCAGAGGUCUCAUCUAUACUCAACUUUAAUAUCUGGCAGUUUUAAUAUAUGAAUAUUUCAUAUUUCUACAUUUACGAGUAUAUUACGAAAUUAUUAGCUUGAAAAAUUCAAAAAUUCAAGCUUAAAAGUGAUUCGAACCAUGACUUCUCCGAUAACCAUACGGUUCUGACUGCUUUACUGAGCUAUCGUGCCAACUGGGAAGCACGAAAUGGCUGUGGUACCCUUUUUGCUCUUCGAUGUCCUCUUGUUUUCCCCAUUAUCGAUGAAUUAAUCAUUUCCCGAGAUUCUAACUGAUGUCGUGACAUGAACUGGUAACGCCAGCAAUCUCAUUACGGCCGGAUACUGUAAAAUAAUACAUCUUGCGGUCGAGGUCUCGCCAAGCGCAUAAACACGGUGGAGUCUAAACGGACGACUAUGAUGUGCCAGUUAUUUUCUCUUAAAAGUUUCGCUUUUUUGUCGUUAUUAGCGUUCUACUAUGACCUCUCUGUAGGUAACAGGCUGAGGACUGCCCGUCGCUACAGAAGACAAGCUGUGAAGGAAGGCCGGUGCCCCUCUUGGAGCGUCAUCAGGAACUGUUCUUCGCUUGAACAAUGCAAUUGGGAUGGCGACUGUUCCGGUACUCAGAAAUGCUGCAGGAGCACAUGUGAGACACGCACCUGCUACGAACCCAUUUUGGCAGUAGGACCCGGCGAAGAUGCGUGCCCAAUAGACGAAGUCGCAUUGAAUAAAGAUAGUUCAAAUUGUCUUCCUGGAAGAACUAGAUUUUGCUUUAAAAGCAACUGCAAAAGAUGCUGUUACCACUAUAACACGUGCAACCCUAAUCCGGAACUUCUUAUGUCCAGGGACGAAUGUCGAAGAGUGCUUUGUUCUCCAAGGGUAUGCAAGUUUCCAGGGGAAGUUUGCGUUUUGGACAAAUAUAACUCUCCCAGAUGCUCCUGCCUGUCAAAGUGCCCUACGCCACAGCCGGAGGAAAAAGUUUGCGGGACUGAUGGUAUUCCCUACAACAGCGCUUGUGAAUUAAACAGAACAGCUUGUAUUUUGGGAAUAACUGAUAUCAAGAUUCAUAACAAUGGAGGUUGCAAGCCAAAUGGAGUGAAGAUUGAAGUCAGUACAGCCCACAAGAGCAAACAAAUUCUGCCAGCCUACAAACAAGGUGAACUCACGUGCCGUUUUGAGGGAGACCCUGUGAGUAUCACGUGGAGAAAGGUUGGACUUCGUACUUUGCCAAAUCGAAUGAUUCCUCGUAUGGACAAGCUAGAUAUUCUGGAUGUCGAUAUGCGCGACAGUGGAAUGUACAAAUGCAAGGCUUAUGACGGAUUCUCCACAGCGGAGGCGGAAAUAAAUGUUACUAUUAACGGACCAUCUUCUCCCAGUAUUGGAAAUAACACGUCUCGCACAGAUUGUCUACAACCUCGAAGUACUGGGUACUGUAGAAGAUACAUCGUUCGCUGGUACUUUGAUGGUGAAGGUGGUGUCUGCAGACCAUUUGUAUACGGUGGCUGUGGUGGAAACAAAAAUAAUUUCCAGACUCAAUUAGAGUGUAGCUCUUCUUGCAGUUAUGCAGCUGGUGACAUAUGCAUUUUGCCAAUGAUCGAGGGCCCUUGUAAAGGCUUCAUGCCGCAAUGGUUUUACAAUUGGAAGAAAGGACGAUGUGAACAGUUUAUUUAUGGCGGGUGCAGCGGUAACGCCAACAGAUUUAACACCAAGGCAAAAUGUCAACUUCGAUGCGUAGUGGAUCCGUCGGCAAACACUGCAUGUUUACGCCAACAGUUCUUAGCCAGGCGUAACAAACGUCUUGGCGUGUUUGUACCAAGAUGUCUUCCCGACGGAGGGUAUGAUAAGGUUCAGUGUCAUGGAUCAGUUUGUUUCUGUAUGGAUGAGGAAGGAGAAGAAGUUCCAGGGACGAGAGUUUAUCGAAAUCAAGCUCUCGACUGCACGGGAAAAUUACCACUCCCAACUGUUGGUGGUUUGUCUCCUUGUCAGAGGGUUCGACAAAAUGCUAGCGCUGUACCAUUUGGUUCUUCUUACCUUAUUCGUUGUAAUCAGGACGGUAGCUAUGAAGAGGUGCAGUGUAGUGGAUCAACUGGCUUCUGCUGGUGUGUAGACAAAAGUGGUAAUGAACUUGAGGGAUCCAAGACUAGAGGACCUUUGAAAUGUCCUGUCCUAGAUGUUCGUUUGACGCUCUGUCAGCGUCGGUACCUAGAACAUUCCAGAAAUCCGAGACCAGACAAGGAAAUACCGAGAUGUCGGCCCGAUGGAAGCUUUGAGGAAGUUCAAUGCCGAGGCGUGAUAUGUUUUUGUGUCGAUCCCGAUAAUGGCAGGGCAGUAAAGGAGACCAACAUUAAUACGUUAUUUGGAGAACCGAGAUGUGGUGAAACAGGUGACGGUCUAACGCUUUGCCAGCGAAUGCAUCAAGGUGCACUCAGCUCAUCUGAGCAGGACAUUUACGUUCCUCAGUGCACUUUAAAUGGGUCCUUCGAGGAGGUUCAGUGUCAUGGACCCAGCAAUGAGUGCUGGUGCGUGGACCAACUAGGAAGUGAGCUAAACGGAACAAGACGAAAGGGACCUUUGAAGUGCACAGAAUUAGUACAUCCCCUAACUGCUUGCCAGAAGGAAUACCAGAAGCUCUUAAGGCGGUGGCGACAUCCCUCCAGCCGGUAUAUCCCUCGCUGUAGGGCGGAUGGUAGUUAUGCGCAGGUGCAAUGCGCUGGAGGAGUUUGUUUUUGUGUCUCUCCACAAGGAAAAGAAAUUCCUGGAACCAAGACAGUUAAUUCCGCCAGGCAACCUAACUGCACACACCCAGAUGCCAACAUCACACCUUGCGAGAAAAAGCGUCGAGACUCCAUUUUCUAUUCAAAGAAAUUUAUUCCUUUUUGUAAACCCGAUGGGAGUUGGUCUGAGAUUCAAUGCGGAAAGUCUUCGAGGGAUUGUUGGUGCGUGGACAGCGGUGGGAAUGAAGUCCCUGGCACUAGAGGUUCUAAUCUGGAAAUUUGCCCUGAUUUCGGUAAAUUAAGCCCUUGCAGAAAGAGGCUACUGAGCUGGAUGAAAAACCCUCAUCGAGAGAAACAUUUUCCAUGGUGCCGAGCUGAUGGUUCAUUUAACCCUAUGCAAUGCUAUGGCUCAUACUGCUACUGUGUUAACGAGAAGGGAAUUGAAAUGCCCGGAACAAAGAUUAGUACGUCAGUGGGAAGACCUGUCUGCACAUAUACAAGUGGUACUGUGACUUCUUGUCAACGUAAACAUAGCGAGGCUCCUUUGCAAUAUUUCGAGGGUGUUUUGGCACCUCGAUGUAAACUCGAUGGACAGUACGAGGAGGUACAAUGUCAAGGGUCUACUAGAGAAUGCUGGUGUGUAGAUAAGGAUGGAAAAGAAAUUCCAGGGACCAGGACAACUGAGCCUGUUAAAUGUCCCGUAAUAGAGACUCAUUUAUCUACCUGCCAAGAACGGUACAUAGGAUAUGCCAAGAAUCCACUUCCAGGGAAAAUGAUCUCUAGAUGUAAGGGCGAUGGGUCUUUCGAGUCUAUCCAGUGCCAGAACCUCCACUGCUUUUGCGUUGACGAGGAAGGAAAUCCAAUCAAAGGAACGUCCUUGCCUGCUAGGCUUGGAAAACCUAAAUGUGGCCUUUCAGGUCAAGAUCCGCUGUCUACCUGUGAGAAGAAGCACAAGGAAGCUUUACAACUCCCAGCCACACCGUUGCGGCUUAUUCCAUCGUGUAAACGCGAUGGCAGAUUUGAAGAGAUCCAGUGUCUUCCAGUCUCGAGUGAAUGUUGGUGUGUAGACGAGUCUGGAAAGGAAAUCAUAGGAACAAGGACGACUGGUUACCUGAGAUGUCCUUCUGCAGGAGCCGCCUUAACACCGUGCCAAAAGGAUUAUCAAGAGAGACUCAGAAGCUGGCUUUUACCCGGCCCUUAUAUUCCUCGUUGUACACUCGACGGGAAUUACGACCCUGUGCAAUGCGAAGGAUUUUACUGCUACUGCGUCAACGAACAUGGGGUAGAAUUGGUUGAAAGCCGAGUAGAUAUAACUGAAGGGCAACCAAAAUGCAAAGCUGGAGGUUACAAGUUGACUCUGUGUCAGAAGCAGUUUCAGGACUAUGUAACACAUCCUAUGCCGGGUCGUUUUGAACCUCGCUGCAGUAAGACUGGAGCCUUCCAAGAGAUUCAGUGUCAUGGAUCUUCUUGCUUUUGUGUCAACCGUGAAGGCAUAGAGUUACCGGACACAAGACGAAGUCUGGCGAUGGGUAAUCCAGUCUGCUCAAGGCCAGAAAUCUCAUUAACCCAAUGUCAAAAGCAGUUACAAGAGGCAAUAAGCCUUCCCCCAGACCCUGACAGGUUCGUGCCGCGAUGUAAAUUUGAUGGUAGUUUCGAGGAGGUACAGUGUCAUAGUUCAACAGGACCGUGUUGGUGUGUGGACCGAGACGGGAACGAACUGUCAUCUACAGCCACAAAUCGAACGGUUACAUGUCCAAAUAUUGACACUCACUCACCUUGCUGGACUCGCUUUCAAAAGAGCAUCAGAAGCACAUCCGCUGGUUCUCAUGUUCCAUGGUGCAGAUCUGAUGGAAGCUUUUCUUCCUUGCAAGUGCAGGCGUCACAAUUUUUUUGUAUAAGCGACAGAGGCGAUGAAAUAGCAGGCACGAGCGUGGACGUCAGCCUUGGGAAGCCAGACUGUCGGGCUGCUACCUCUUAUGGAUUCAUAGUGACACCCUGCCAACGUGAACGCGCCCGUCGCUUGCAUCUCCCACUAAUGGAGGGAAAGUACGUUCCCCGUUGCCGAGUUGACGGCACGUAUGAUGACGUGCAGUGUGAUGUCGCGAUAGGUCAAUGCUGGUGUGUUGAUCGAGAUGGGAGGGAGUUCAGAGGAACUAGAAGCGCAGGUGUCAUUAGGUGCCCUGGUGAAGUAGGAAAUCUCACAUAUUGCCAAAAACGCCAAAAGAUAGCCUUGGAGUUAUCUUUGAGUGGGCCUAAUGUCUGGAACUUCAUACCGAGGUGUCGUGCAGAUGGCGGUUAUCAUGAAAUUCAGUGUCACGUGGGCACAGGACAGUGCUGGUGCGUAGAUAUAAACGGAAACGAAAUCCGGGGAACUACAGCCCGAGGAUUGCCUGACUGCGUAGUAAAUAUAACCGCUUGCCAACGUCACAGAACACGAGCUCUUGGUCUGGCGGGAAAUCCACCUCCCGGAACUUACGUGCCACGCUGUAAACCUGACGGAAGUUACAAUGAUGUGCAAUGUCACGGAUAUACCGGUCUUUGUUGGUGUGUGGACGAGAAAGGCAAUGAAAUACUGGGAACUAGGAAGUGGGGACGGCCUCACUGCGCCAGACUUCCACCAGACCACGAAACACCCCUAGACCUUGGUAUUAUGAUCGACGCUUCCGACUCAGUUACAAAGGAAAACUGGCCGAUCAUGUUGGAAUUCGUCUCCUCAGUUGUGGAUUCUUUUGACAUCUCCGCCAGAGGAACUCAUAUUGGACUUAUUGUAUUCAGCCGUGAUGCGGAAAUAUCGCUAUAUUUUAACACCUUACAGGAAAAUAAUCUCACUGCCACGAACGUGACUAAAGCUGUAAAUAAUCUCCAAUAUAAGGAUGGUUGGAGUCGGUCUGACUUAGCAUUGUUACUUGCUGAAGAAGAACUCUUCAACGAGGCGACAGGAAUGAGAAUUGAAAUUCCCAAGGCCCUUCUUGUGGUAACAAGUAGCAGUCAGGAAAGAAAGCAAGGACCUUACACUCCCUUGUCAGCAGCAGCUCAAGGACUUAGAGAUAGAGGCGUGUCUAUAUAUGUGAUUGGUAUUGGAGAUAAAGUGAAAGUUGCUGAGCUCAUGGAUUUAUCGUCGGAUUACAGAAAUGUGUUUGUUGCUGAUGACUUCAGUACUGUCCGUUCUCGGGGUAAAGUGGUGACGGAAAUAAUCAAAAAUGGAACUGAAGAUUCCUCUAGAGACUGGCUAUGCAACCUGGCUCCAGAACCUGGUCAACUUGGAUGCUUGGCAUCAAUAUCUGCACACUACUUCGAGGCUACCUCUGGGGAAUGCCUUACUUUUGUAUACAGUGGGUGUGGGGGCAAUGCCAACAACUUCCCGUCCUACGAAAAAUGCAUCGAUAAGUGUAAAGGAGUUCUUCCGUCUUGCCUUGCUGAGCAAAAACGUCUCUCUGGCUUGCAACUGGGUCACUUUGCUCCGAAGUGCAAGUCGAGCGGUCGAUAUCAAGACGUACAGUGUUACAGACAAACAGGGUACUGUUGGUGUGUCGAUGAGUACGGCAAAGAAUUGAUGGGCACCAGGGUUACCGGAAUUCCCGUCUGUAGCCUAGCAGCUGGGUCGGGACAGCUAACUUCCUGUCUUAAAGAAAGACGAAACGCUUUAGGCUUCAACGGCGUCCCCUCUGUUGGAAAAUUUGUUCCAGAAUGUAAACCGGACGGAGAAUAUGCAGAGAUUCAGUGCUUUGGAAACACAAACUUCUGUUGGUGUUCAGACGAACGAGGUUACGAGAUUGCUGGUACACAUCGUUGGGGAUCACCAAAAUGUCCUGCCCAAGUUCGUCCAGGAGUGUGUCCAUUCGUACCAGACCCAAAAAGAUGCCCAGCGGAAAUGACUGAGCAGUCAUGCUCACAGGACAGUGACUGCCCAGAAUUAUCCAAAUGCUGUGACUGUGGUUGUGUUAGGCGUUGUACGCGUGUUUCGUCAGAUAAACCAGCUCCAAUCUCAGCUUGUGUCAAUGAGCAUGUCAAGACGUUGUGGUCAUCAUGUCCUCACGUCCAAGUUAGUGGUCGCUCGCUUCCAAAAUGUAAACCUGACGGUGGAUACGAGGAGGUGCAGUGUGCUGAAGCUUACGAUGUCUGCUGGUGUGUCAACAAAGAUGGCCAUGAAAUCCCCAGAACGAGACAAAGUGGGAAACCAAACUGUACGAUACAAGCUGCUAUGACCCCGUGUCAGAGGGAAAACAAGAGAGCUAUGACCAUGCGCAGUAGGACGCCAAUCAGUUUAUUUGUCCCAAGCUGUAAACCAGAUGGCUCAUUUGAACCAGUUCAGUGUCAUGAUAUGUCAGGCAAAUGCUGGUGUGUUGACAAGAAUGGAAGCGAGCUGGCAGGAACUCACCAAUGGGGGAAACCGAACUGUUCUGACAUAGAUAAAACGAUGACCGUAUGCCAGUCUCGUCGCGAAGAGUGCCUUGAUAACCCUCCACCCGGACAUGUUUCUCCCCGCUGUAAGGCGGACGGUUCAUACGACGACAGACAGUGUCUCCAGACCACAGGAGAGUGCUGGUGUGUUGAUAGAAACGGAAAUGAAAUACCAGGGACGCGCUCCAGAGAAAAGCAGGACUGUUCAUUACUUGGCUGGCUAAGCCCGUGCCAAAUUCAGCGACGUCGAGCCUUGGGUGUUAGAGACGUCCCUGUUGUCGGGAUACACGUGCCAGAUUGUAAGGCGGAUGGAGGUUAUCACCCAGUCCAGUGUGAUGUGAUAUCAGGGUACUGCUGGUGCGUGGAUGAGUAUGGCUUUGAAGUGAAGGGAAGUCGCAUCAAGGGAAGACCAAGCUGCGGGAAAGAACCGCCGUGCAAGAAAGAACGUGACAAGAUUUUAGCGUCCUUUCCCAAGCCCCCGCCAGGAAUGAUUAUUCCGCAGUGCCGCGAGGACGGUGGUUACCAAGCUUCUCAGUGCCAUGGCUCCACUGGAUUCUGUUGGUGUGUUGAUGAGUAUGGUAACGAGUUAACGGACACGCGAAUUAGAGGACCAAUUAACUGUUCAGGUAAGUUAGAUAUAUCAUUUAUACAUUUUAAUUUUUAA